GAGAGAUGAGGAAGGAGUGCAGAUGACAGCCCAACAGGUGUUUGAGGAGUUUAUUUGUCAGCGUCUCAUGCAAGGCUAUCAAAUUAUUGUGCAAUCCAAACCGCAGAAACCAGCCGCGACUGUGCCACCCCCGCUCAGCAGCAGUCCCCUCUACAGCCGAGGUCUUGUAUCAAGAAAUCGACCUGAGGAAGAAGAUCAGUACUGGCUGAGCAUGGGCCGUACUUUCCACAAAGUGACGUUAAAAGACAAAAUAAUCACGGUGACUCGAUACCUGCCAAAGUAUCCGUACGAAUCUGCUCAGAUAAACUACACCUACAGCUUGUGCCCCUCACACUCUGACUCUGAAUUUGUCUCUUGCUGGGUUGAAUUUUCCCAUGAGAGACUGGAAGAGUACAAGUGGAAUUACUUGGAUCAGUAUAUCUGCUCUGCUGGCUCUGAGGAUUUCAGCCUUAUUGAGUCCCUGAAAUUUUGGAGGACCCGCUUUCUGCUCCUGCCGGCCUGCAUCAGUGCCACGAAGCGCAUCAUGGAAGGAGAAGUGCACUGCGAUGUGUACGGCGACAAGCCCCGUUCUGAUGAGGAGGAGUGGCAGCUCCUUGAUGGAUUCAUUCGCUUUGUGGAGGGUUUGAACCGCAUUCGUCGGCGCCAUCGAUCUGAUCGAAUGAUUCGAAAAGGGUCUGCCAUGAAAGGCUUGCAGAUUGCUGGUCCAAUUCCCACCCAUUCUCUGGAGCAGUCUGGGCCUCCCAUUGGGAAGAAAGGAACCUCAGCUCUCUCAGCUCUGCUGGAGAUGGAAGCCAGUCAGAAGACACUGGGGGAACAGCAAGCAGCAAUGCUGUCUGGGAAGAGCUCUGGGCAGCCUUCGGAGAGUGGGAGCAUUGCUAUCACACCCACCUUUAUGGACAGCCCUCGUAAGGAUGGGGCCUUCUUUAUGGAUUUUGUCCGCAGCCCACGCACAGCUUCAACCUUCUGCUCGCAGGUCUCGAUAGAUCAGUCAGUUCCCGCAACCUCGGAUGGCAACGCACUGAUAAACGCAGGGCAGUUACCUGACAGGGGCAACACGCAGGCCCUGGGAAGCGCCCAGAAUGCUGCAGAGCCAGGAUGUACCCCAGCCGGUGCUGCGGAGGGCGGCUCUCAGCAGUGUUCAGCAAGCACGCUGACUUCCUCCUCCACCCUGAUAGAGAUUCUCGAAGCCAUGAAGCACCCCACCACAGGGAUCCAGCUGCUCUCGGAACAGAAGGGCCUCUCUCCGUACUGUUUCAUCAGUGCCGAAGUUGUACACUGGCUGGUGAAUAACGUGGAGGGUGUGCAAACCCAAGCCAUGGCGAUUGACAUAAUGCAGAAAAUGCUGGAAGAGCAGCUUAUAGUCCACGCGUCUGGAGAAGCUUUACGAACCUUCAUUUAUGGCUUUUAUUUUUACAAGAUUGUCGUGGACAAAGAACCAGAGCGAGUGGGCAUGCAGCAGCCUGCUCUGUGGCACACAGCUCCGACGGAUGACUUCUCCGCCUUCCAGAGGAAAUGGUUUGAGGUGGCGUUUGUGGCAGAAGAGCUCCUGCACUCGGAAAUCCCCGCGUUUUUCCUGCCCUGGCUGCCCAGCCGCCCAGCCUCCUAUGCAAGUAGGCACAGUUCCUUUAGCCGCAGUUUCGGCGGACGGAGCCAGGCAGCUGCACUAUUAGCUGCCACAGUGCCUGAGCAACGGACAGUGACCCUUGAUGUGGAUGUGAAUAACCGCACCGACCGUCUGGAGUGGUGCAGUUGUUACUACCACGGCAAUUUCUCCCUGAAUGCUGCCUUUGAAAUCAAGUUGCACUGGAUGGCAGUGACUGCAGCUGUUCUUUUCGAGAUGGUCCAGGGUUGGCAUCGGAAAGCCACGUCCUGUGGUUUUUUGCUAGUUCCGGUGUUGGAAGGCCCGUUUGCUUUGCCCAGUUACUUGUACGGAGACCCACUUCGAGCUCAGUUGUUCAUCCCGCUCAACGUUAGCUGCUUGUUGAAGGAGGGCAGUGAGCAUCUGUUUGAUGGCUUCGAACCAGAAACAUACUGGGAUCGGAUGCAUCUCCUGCAGGAAGCAAUAGCAUACAGAUUUGGAUUUGUGCAAGAUAAAUACUCGGCCUCUGCAUUCAACUUCCCAGCUGAGAACAAGCCCCAGUAUAUCCAUGUCACAGGGACAGUGUUCUUGCAGCUACCCUAUUCCAAGCGGAAAUUUUCUUGCGGGCAGCAGCGACGCCGGCGCAACUCCACCAGCUCUACCAACCAGAACAUGUUUUGUGAAGAGCGCGUUGGCUACAACUGGGCCUACAACACCAUGCUGACGAAAACGUGGCGGUCCAGCGCCACCGGGGAUGAGAAGUUUGCUGAUCGGUUGCUGAAAGACUUCACGGACUUUUGCUGGAACAAAGAUAGCCGGCUUGUUUUGUUCUGGACUGACUGCCUAGAUAAGAUGCACGCCAGUGCUCCGUGAACGGGGUUGUAUCUCGUAGGGAGGCAGCUGGAAGCUUUACCUUGUGGCAGGGAAGUAGAGGUGAAGGUUGACUGGAAAAGAGCCUCUCUGUUGGAUUCAUCUUGAGGCUCCAAGCAGACCUGGUCAA